AUGUCGGCGGACUAUGAUUUGACGACCCCCACUGGACUCACUGGAUACCUCUCCUCUACUCCUUAUGCUUGUACUUAUGUUGAUACCUUAUCUGGUGGAUGUCUUGGUUUUCUGUACCGAGUGACACUGAAGAGGCCUCUAAGGGAAACGGGGGAAAGAACCGUUGUUGUGAAGCACAGUGUUGGAUACGCAUCAACAACUGGUCCAGAGGGCCUGAGCUUGAAAGCUGAACGAAUGGACUUUGAAUAUAAUGCCCUCAAGUUGGUUUCUUCUAACCUUGCACUCUCCACUGUUGUUGGAGUACCACAUGUGCAUGCAUACGACCCUCGUACACAUACUCUCAUUAUGUCCGACCUGGCGCCUUUCCAGCUGCUAUCAAAUGCCCUUCAAGAGGGUGACGAUAAAGUAGUGUCCCGAAUUGGACGCGCGCUAGGAGAGUUCAUGGGUAGAUUUCACAAAUGGACUAGCCUACCAGAGCACGCGGAUACUAGGAAGAGAUUUCUGGAGAACGAGGCAAGCCGAGAAGACUUGCUUGACUAUCGAUGGAAACUUGCGAUUUCAGGGGCUAAAAGAUAUGGGCUGGGGCACGAUUGGAUGGCAGAGAUGCGGGAUGAGGGGAUGAGGGACGCCAAGUUGGGUGGCCCGGUCGUCUGCAUGGGUGACUUCUGGUGCAGCAACAUACUCGUCUCUACUGGUGGUGAUCUGAAAUUGUAUAUUAUCGACUGGGAAACCGCACGUACCGCCCGGCCUGAGUUUGACCUGGCUCAGUUGGUUAAGGAUGCCUAUACGCUCUCUCACGUCCGCAGGCCCAUGCCAUUCAUGCGCGAGUUCUUCAAAGCCUACACGACACAUAUGCAUUUGGACAAGGCUCAUUUGGCAUUAAAUGUUGGGCGGGACUUAUUAAGCUUUGGGAUUGAUGCAUCCUGGCUCCUGCAUAGUGACGGUGACGUCAAACGGUCAAUUGCACAAACAGGACUCGAAUUACUCGAGGCGGCCCGGACGGGUGACAAAAAAGCGCUCUCGAGGAAUCCGGCUCUUGCCGACAUGUAUCGAAUCUGA